AUGUCGAGGUAAGAAUUCCAUUUCAUGCAGUAGCCUAAUGAUACUGUCAGCUUUAUGUUACAUUUUGUGUAGGGGUUUGAAAUCAGGGGCGGACUGGCGGUCAUCUGGCAUUUUUGUGCAAAUGCCAGAUGGGCUGGUCAGUUUUUUGCCCAGUGGGCUUGUCUAACUUGUUUUUUUUAAUGCUCAAAAUGAUAAUUAUCUGGCUAAUAAUGGGGCCUCAAGGAUAAAAUGGUCCGGUGUGUGGGCCUUGAAGAAAAAAAUGGUCCGGUGUGUUAGAAAUGGCAGAGCUGAUUUCUGGUCCCAGUCCGCCCCUUUUUCUCAUCAACAGUAUCAAAAACACAUUGUUUGAUAUGUUUCAGGACUAGGGUUGCAAAGGGAGGGUAUAUUUCUCAUAACUUUCUAUGUUUACCAGUAAACUAUCAGAAUUUCGGUAACUUUUAUGUUUUUUGUUGUUGUUGUUCUUUAUCACAUGAUAUAGUGGCCUUAUCACAUGUAAAAUAUAUACAAUAAUCAAAUAAGAUGAUUUUAAAAUAAAAAAUAGAAUUACAAAGCUGUAAAACAGAUAUCCUAAAUAUAAACCAUAAACUUAGCGAAUACCAUUGGGGUUUCAGCAUGAAAUAUCCUUUAUUAGUAAAAAAUAAAAAUAAAAAUUACACUCUUUAAUUUAUUUUACUAUGUCAGUAUGUAUUUCUUGUAAAUGUUUUGGUGCCAAACUGGUGGCAGUUGUGAAAAAAGUCAAUAGUUGGAAGAGUUAUAGUUGGAAGAGUUGCAGAGUUAAUUGAAAAUAAUGUUACUGUUGAUUAGAUGUUUUUUUCAUUAAUUAGGAUAUUUUAUUUUGAACCAUAUGGUCUAUCCACAAAAAACUCAUGGGCAAUAUGGUCACAGAUAUAAUAAAAAAAAUAAAAAAUACUAUAUAUGAAUAUAUAUUUUUAAAAGUUAUUCAAGUAUAAAUGACCAAAGUUACCAUAGAUUACCUGUUAAAGGGAUAGUUCACCUAAAUUACAAAAUGACAUAUUGGAUUCCUUACCCUGUAAGUAGUCUAUGGACAAGGUUUGACAGCAAUCCAUGUUUUGGUUUAGUUUCACUGGCACUGUUUCCAAAUGCGAAUGUUUUAGCAUUUGUGGCACAAAUCCCAUCCAAGUCCUGGUACCGAUAUUAGCAUUCUUCGUGCAUCAUGUCCAAAUAAUACUAAAGUAUCCCCCAAAAAUUGUGAAGCUCAACAAAGCCACUUAUAGAUGAUUUGAACAUGAUGCCCGAAAAAUGAUAAUAUCAGUUCCAUAGCUUGAAUGGGAUUUGUACAGAUAAUAUAAUUUUUCACGCAUCACCAAAAACAAAAAUCUGUGAAGCUACAGUCCCUCAUGCAACACAAUGAUAAUGUUCUACGCACAAGAAUAUCAGGGUGCUAUCUUCAUGUACGAUAAUUUAUUUACAUAUUGUACUCAUAUAUCUUAUUUAAAUAUCGUAAAUGUACGAUAACACAACAACACUGCUAUUGCCACGACAGUGAGCAAUCGAAACCGAAUAAUGCAUAUCCAUGUCAAUUUAUUUUGUUCAAUUUGCCACUGGAAUAUUUGGGACUACUCUGAAACUACAGCACACUACAAAGUCCAGCUAUAGAACUGAGACAGUCUUUAGUCUGCCAGACUGCAGACUGCGGCCUUCUCUCCCUGGCAAUACUUUAACGAGCACAUCUGACUUAUGGAGGCUAACACCAUGACGGGAGGUCUGGUUGUCUCUCCAUUGCUGCUGUGCCAUCCAGUCUUUCCCCUAGUUUAUUUUACAGGCGGGGCGACAAGGUUGAAAGCCAACAUUGUUAAUAGAAUCCAUUAAAUAGAAGAUCAUUUUUGUAGGCGGAUGGUCCCGGCCCGCCUAUACAGGGAAGGGGAAACACUGAUGCCAUGUUUGUCCGUUGACCGUGUGUCCGCUCUGCCCCCCUCAGGUGAUGAAAUGCAUCGUGGAGGUUCUCGCUGAUGUGCUGUCGAGGCCACACCCUUUGCCUGUCAGUCAGGAGUGCCUGAACAUACUAAAGACAGGUAAACCCCUCCCAAUCCCUCCCAGGGACCUCCGCUCCGGAUAUAGGCACAGAUCUAGGAUCAGCUCACACUCCAUAACUUAAUCACCACAUACCAUUAACAGAGAAAAAUGCAAAAAUCACCUUAGAUCGGUGUCUAGAGGCAUACCUUUUCUGGUACCUCAAAGGAGUCACUGUCACUCACUGUCACCAAUUGUGACCUAAUGCAAGUUAAUAUUUGCUUUAAUUUUCACCAUGGAUGCACAUGACUCAGGCUAAGUCCCAAAUGUCACCCUAUUCCCUACAUUUAUUAUUUUAUUUUUAGUCAUUUAGCAGACGCUCUUAUCCAGAGCGACUUACAGUUAGUGAGUGCAUAAAUUUUUUUCAUACUGGCCCCCCGUGGGAGACGAACCCACAACCCACAACCCUGGCGUUGCAAGCGCGAUGCUCUACCAACUGAGCUGCACUAUGUAGUGCACUACGUUUGACAAAAGUAGUGCACGAUAUAGGGAAUAGAGUGCCAUUUGGGACACAGCUCUGAGUUCUCCAUAAGAGCACUCGGCAGAGCAGUCAGGCCGGGGCUAUUCAAUUACAGCCAUUGUGUUCCCUUGACGCUGUCCUUGUUGAGAAAAAUCUAUCAGGGCAUUACUCAUUACUGGCUAUUGUUACCAGGAUAGGGCUGCGGUUGGGAAAUGAAACCCCUCAAGAGGAAAAAUAGAGGGAGGGGGGGAGAGAGAGAGAGAGAGGGGGAGACAAAGAGAGGGGGAGAUUGGAGGUGAUUUGGUUAGAGGCAGAGGAGAGGGAAAAUAAAAAUAAGGGUUACUAAAAAGAGACAGAAAAAAGAGGGAGACAGUAUAGAGGGGCAGGGAGGGAAAUACAAGUGAGAAAGAAUUACCUUCAGAGCGAGAAGAGAAACAGCAAGAUAAAUGUUUACCAAAAAGAUAGGGAAUUUAGAGAGGGAGGAAGGGGAAGACCAAGAGAGAGAGGCAGGGAGAGAAAGAAAGAACGAACGAAAGAGUGACCCUGAAGAAAGACAGAGUAAGCAGUAGUUCUCUUGAAUGCCUGCCUCAUUCUGUACACUGUUUCUGGUUCAGCAGAAAGGGAAAAAGCUAUGUGAUGCUGUAAUUCACUGGAAACCACUCUAUGGGCCAAAAUGAUUAAUUUGGAUUUCUGCUUUGGAGGCAGUAUAUUUCAGGGCAAUUAACUCUUAGAGACGGGAGCAAAUGUGCUGAGUCGUCGCGAACAACCAAAGGGGAGAAAUAUACCUGUACAUUUGCCCAGGGACAUUGCUGGAUUACUUGGACAAUUAAAGUAUGAAUGCAUUGCUGAAUGGCCAGGUCUCCCUAGUAAAAUAGGUUUUCUGACCUCAAUGGGAUUUCUUAUAUAAAUAAAGGUUAAAAAUAAAUGGUUUGCUUUGCAGAUGAAAGGCUUGUGUCAAUUCUCCGCCACAGCAACUUCCUCAAGGAGCUGCAGGACAUUGCCGUUCAAGGUGAGGUAUUGACCUAAGACUUUUCACUGUGGCGGUGAUACAAGGCGACCCUAUCAGGAAGUGACAUUAUCUUAACUGUUGUGAUGUUGUGAUGUAAUCAGAAUUUCACUUUGUUGUGUUCAUCUUAGAUUUGAUUGCAUUUCUUGGUCCCUUUCACAUAAAUGGUUUUCAGCAUGAAGUAAAUCGUUUUUAGUGUUUUAAAUAUUAUUCUCUUGAUUGUUUUCAAUUUAGUUUGUCAAUCAUGUAAACUGCCACAAAAAAUAAAAUAAUAAUAAUAAUAAUAUAGCUAUUUUCUAAAACCCAGACACUUUACAAUAAUCAAUCAUAACUGUUUUUUAGAACAUGUAUUUUAAGUAUAUGUCAAAAUAAAUCAGUCUAAAUAUUUGUGGUCACAUCUCCCCUCCAAAUUACAGGAGCCAAUGAGAGAGAUCAGCAGCAUGGUGACGUCACGGCAGAUCAUGUGACUAAGAAGCCACAGGGUCCACAGGGCAUAGAUGAGGCUGCAGGUGAGUCCCACUAGCCCACAUUCUCAGUAAAAUUGCCAUAUGACAGCAUUGCCUCAUGAUGACUGAAAAUCCAAAUCCCUGUCAAGUUUAGCAUUUUAAGGUCAAGUUGCCGCCCCCCCCCCCCCCCCCCCCCCACCUCGCAGACAAUAGUGGCCCCCCUCUUGACUGAGGAGAGAAAAAAUGUAAGGUUUAGGGUUUAUUUCCUGCAAUUCUACACAUUUUGCCAUGGGGCGGAGAGAAGAAUCUGCAGUUUUACAGCUAAUUUCCUGCAAUAGGGUGGAGAGAUUUCUUUUCAGUUUUGAAGCUAAUUUCCUGACUUAAUAUGAUAUCUGAGUGUGAGUGACUAACAAAAUCAAUGGGGACCCCCUGGAUGUCAGGUCCCCUGGGCACGUGCCCUGCAUGCCCGGUCGGUAAUUUGACCAUGAUUAAUAUAAGUUUAGAUAGAUAAUUUACCAAUCAACAUUUUUUUGCUGACAAGGGAUAAUUGAGUGACUGUCAGUGACUGACAUAAGAGAAAAACUGCUGAUGCACAAAUUGCACCUUGUGUAUUCUAUUAUUCUAACUCUCAACAGUACGUUGAGACCCCGACUGAGUUCCUAAAACAAAAAUUGGGGAUCGGGUGACCCUGGCGGCCAUGGGGCCCUAAGCAGUCGCUCAUGUGACUUAUGCCUAGGGUCAGCCCUGUCUGUGUGUGUGUCUUUGUGUGUGUGUGUCUGUGUGUGUGUGUGUGUGUGUGUGUGUGUGUGUGUGUGUGAGAGAGAGUGUCAUGGAAAUAAUAAUUAAAAGGAAGAGAGACUGCAGAUUCUUCAAACAAUCAUACUUUAAUAUCUAUUAAUUAUUGCAAUAAUGGAGCUGGUCAAUGACCACCCGUAGGUGAUCGUUGAGAGCCCAACGAGCAAAGUAGGGUUUACAAACACCAAUUCAAUCUAUGGAAUGCAGGCUCCGGGAGAGGACAAGACCAUCAUAAAUCAGUAACUAGCCCAAACCCCGGAGGCCAACUCAGUUCACACAAACACAGAUGAGGGAGUACUGAGAAACCUUAAUCGAUGCAUAAACAGUAUUCAAACAUAAUCUCGAAAUGUUCUACCAAGAGAGAGAGAGAGAGAGAGAGAGAGAGAGAGAGAGAGAGAGAGAAGAGAGAGAGAGAGAGAGAGAGAGAGAGAGAGAGAGAGAGAGAGAGAGAGAGAGAGAACGAACAUGUUCAUAGAGAAAGAUGCAGUUCAAUUCUGGACACCAUGUGAAAUCGAUACGUCCCUUAUUUUUUGCUGUGCGAUGUUCUGGGACAUUGUGUCAGCUAAGCAGAUCUGACCAUAGUGGAGUGGAUGGCAUCUGGGAGAAGGAAGCUGCUGGGACACUGGCUCCAAAGGUUCUGAUAGACAGAAUUGGGACAGGGAGCAUGAGACAGGGAGCAUCUCUCUCUCUCUCUCUCUCUCUCAAUUCAAUUCAAUUUAAUUUAAGGGCUUUAUUGGCAUGGGAAACGUAUGCUAACAUUGCCAAAGCAAGUGAAGUAGAUAGUAAACAAAAGUGAAAUAAACAAUAAAUAUUAACAGUAAACAUUACACUCAGAAGUUCCAAAAGAAUAAAGACAUAUAUACAGUGUUGUAACAAUGUGCAAAUAGUUAAAGUACAAAUGGGAAAAUAAAUAAACAUAAAUAUGGGUUCUAUUUACAAUGGUGUUUGUUCUUUGAAGAUUCUGCCUAAUUUGGUAUGAUAGCACAACCUUACCUAUACUGUCAUACUGUGUUGUGUUGAAUUUUCUGGGCCUUAUGCGCCACAUGGUAAGUAAGUAAGCUCAUGUGACGUGAAAUGAUCUGUACCCGUAUUUACAAAGCUCUGAACUAGGAUCAGGUCCCCCAUGUCCAUACAAUCUUAUUCAUUAUGAUCUAAAAGGGAAAACUGAUCCUAGAUCAGCACUUCAACUCUGAGACACUUUAUGAAUACGGGCCUUGAUGCACCAUGUCAUGACAGCACUAGGACUUAUUUAUGGCUCGUUGCCAUGGAUUGCAUUUUCAAUUAAGGUAAGUGACAAUGUUUACUCAUUAUUCAAUUUGCAUUUCCAAUUUAAUUUCGGCAGCUUCCAUAGUAUAUUCACUGUCAGUUUUAGUUCUGCUGUUGUCAGGCUAAGUAAGUACACAGGGGAUUCGCCUCUUGGCCAUCAGUCAAAGAUCACAUUUACAUUUUGAUUGGCUGCUGCUUUAAAGCCAGCCACUUGUGCAUGCUGUCUGAUCGUACAUCAGGGGAUGUAAAGGCAAAUGUGAGUCCCAAAUGGCACCCUAUCCCAUAGUCAAAAAUACAUAUUUCGUACUAGAUAUGAAAAGCAUCCUAUUUUGUACUACAUAUGAAAUAGGGUGCCAUUUCAAAGCAAAUCAAAUGUUAUUUGUCACAUGCGCCGAAUACAACAGGUGUAGACCUUACAGUGAAAUGCUUACUUACAAUCCCUUAACCAACAAUGCAGUUCAAGAAAUAGAGUUAAGAAAAUGUUUACUAAAUUUAAAAAAGUAAAUAAAUAAAUAAAAACUUUUUUUUUUUAAAGAAGAAGAAAAUAACGAGGCUAUAUACAGGGGGUACCGGUACCUUUUUAAAGGUCUUGCUCACAUCGGCUAUGGAGAGCGUGAUCACACAGUCGUCCGGAACAGCUGGUGCUCUCAUGCAUACUUCAGUGUCGCUUGCCUUGAAGCGAGCAUAAAAUGCAUUUAGCUCAUCUGGUAGGCUCGCGUCACUGGGCAGCUCGCUGCUGGGUUUCCCUUUGUAGUCCGUAAUAGUUUGCAAGCCCUGCCACAUCCGACGAGCGUCAGAGCUGGUGUAGUACGAUUCAAUCUUAGUCCUGUAUUGACGGCAGCUCUAGCCUUUAGCUCGGUGCUUAUGUUGCCUGUAAUCCAUGGCUUCUGGUUGGGAUAUGUACGUACGGUCACUGUGGGGACAACGUCGUCGAUGCACUUAUUGAUGAAGCCGGUGACUGAGGUGGUAUACUCCUCAAUGCCAUUGGAUGAAUCCCGGAACAUAUUCCAGUCUGUGCUAGCAAAACAGUCCUGUAGCGUAGCAUCCGCGUCAUCUGACCACUUCCAUAUUGAGCAAGUCACUGGUACUUCCUGCUUUAGUUUUUGCUUGUAAGCCGGAAUCAGGAGGAUAGAAUUAUGCUCAGAUUUGCCAAAUGGAGGGCGAGUGAGAGCUUUUUAUGCAUCUCUGUGUGUGGAGUAAAGGUGGUCUAGAGGUUUUUUUCCUCUGGUUGCACGUGGCAUGCUGGUAGAAAUGAGGUAAAACAGGAUUUAAGUUUGCCUGCAUUAAAGUCCCCGGCCACUAGGAGCGCCGCUUCUGGAUGACCAUUUUCUUGUUUGCUUAUGACCUUAUACAGCUCGUUGAGUGCGGUCUUAGUGCCAGCAUCGGUUUGUGGUGGUAAAUAGACAGCUACGAAUAAUAUAGAUGAGAACUCUCUUGGUAGAUGGUGUGGUCUACAGCCUAUCAUGAGCUACUCUACCUCAGGCAAGCAAUACCUCAAGACUUCUUUAAUAUUAGACAUCGCGCACCAGCUUUUAUUGACAAAUAGACACACCCCCCACCCCUCGUCUUACCAGACGUAGCUGCUCUGUCCUGCUGAUGCACGGAAAACCCAGGCAGCUCUAUAUUAUCUGUGUCGUCGUUCAGCCACGACUUGGUGAAACAUAAGAUAUUGCAGUUUCUAAUGUCCCGUUGGUAGGAUAGUCUUGAUCGUAGAGAGAGAGAGAGAGAGAGAGAGAGAGAGAGAGAGAGAUUUUAUAAGAACAUUUUUGAUGGAUUUAACAAAGGGAAAUAAAUAACAUUUCUCCUGAAAGAAUGACCCUGUCUGCAUUUCAAAGAUGAGUCGAAGAGCAUAUGAAAUAGUGCUUUAAGGUGGAUUUGAUGGAACGGUAUAAGACUACAAAGGAAGGAGGUCAGGGGCCAUUAUACAAACCCCUUAGAGACAUUUUUGCACAUGUACACUAGGUGUACAAAACAUUAAGAACACCUUCCUAAUAUUGAGUGCGGUUGUGAGGCCGGUUGGACAUACUGCCAAAUUCUCUAAAACGACGUUGGAGGUGACUUUUGGUAGAGAAAUUAACAUACAAUUAUUUGGCAACAGCUCUGGUGGACAUUCCUGCAGUCAGCAUGCCAAUUGCACACUCCCUCAGAAUAAUAAUAAUAUGCCAUUUAGCAGACGCUUUUAUCCAAAGCGACUUACAGUCAUGCAUGCAUAAUUUUUUUUGUGUAUGGGUGGUCCCGGGGAUCAAACCCACUACCUUGGCGUUACAAGCGCUGUGCUCUACCAGCUGAGCUACAGAGGACCACAGAACUUGAGACGUCUGUGGCAUUGUGUUGUGACAAAACUGCACAUUUUAGAGUGGCCUUUUAUUGUCCCCAGCACAAGGUGCACCUGUGUAAUGAUCAUGCUGUUUAAUCAGCUUCUUGAUAUGCCACACCUGUCAGGUGGAUGGAUUAUAUUGGCAAAGGAGAAAUGCUCACUAACAGGGAUGUAAACAAAUGUGUGCACAAAAUUUGAGAGAAAUAAGCAUUGUGUGGAAUAUUUCUGGGAUUUUUAUUUCAGCUCAUGAAACAUGGGACUAACACUUUACAUGUUGCGUUUAUAUUUUUGUUCAGUAUACAUCACAUGGAUGCCAUUCCAUUCACUCAGUUCCAGCUAUUAUUAUGAGCCGUCCUCCCCUCAGCAGCCUCCACUGCACCACGCAGUCUCUCACACUCACACUCACACACACACACACAUACACAUACACAGUGUACACUGCUGUCCCAUGUAUAUAGAAACAUUGAACACAGGACACACUGUGUAUUUAAAUACUGUAUACUUUUCAUAACCCACUCUAAUAUUUAUCUAUUGUUGUACAAAUCAUUCAUAGUAUAUCUUUGUGUACAUUCAUCCUGUGCACAUACGCACAGAUUGUUAUUUGGAUUAUUGUAAUAGUGUUUUUUGGAUUGUAAUUUAGAUUCUUUCUGAUAUUUCUUGUUUAUUUUAUUUUAUUUCUUUACAAUUUGUUUGACAUUCUACAGCAAUUUUGAGGAGCUGGCAACUCAAGCAUUUCACUGCACCCGCUAUAACAUCUGCUAAACUGAGUUUUCAACCAAUAAACGUUGAUUUGAUUUACAACUUUAUUGAAUGUCUUUUGGCUGCCUUGACAAAAUAAUUUACCCCCCCCCCAUUGAUGGUAAAUAGUAUCUGUCUAUGUUUCCUCUCCCUCGUAGAUGGAUCCAUGUUGGCCGCUCUGGGGGGACCCGGCGAGAGGUCUAUCCUGUCCCAGAAGAGGGGGACAGGAGGAGAGAGAGAAGGAGAGGGUGAAGGAGAGGUGGAGAAGAGCACGGAGAGGGAGGGAGAGUCGUCCCGUGAGAGGAACGAGAUCAUCAGAAAAGGGGAAGAGAAGAAUCGAGAGAAGGACGAGACCCCUGACAACCGUAUCUCUGAUGUCAUGAACAAGGAGGGGAAAGAGGAAGUAAAGUAUGGGUAUGUGAUUGAAAAGAAAGAAGAAGAAGAAGAAGAGGGGGACGAGAAGGAAAAGGAGGAGGAUGAGGGAACGUGCGAGCUCCGAAGAUAACACAGAGGAGGCUAAAACGGAGGGAAGAAACGUGACUCUGGAUAAGAAAGGUAAGAACUGCUGCCCAGAGCACAUUGACGGUGACAUUAUAGACACUGGUCUUCAGGCCUUCACAUGUCGAGUACAUGGACAUCUCCUGACUUUACCACAUCAUCUGUAGAAUUGAGUGGAGUAGGAUGAGAUUGACCCAUGUACAGUAAGUGCACUUGCUAGCUUUGAAGUGAGCAUGAAAGUGGCUGCAGUUAGCUUCCCUCUCGACUACACUUCACUACACCCAGAGGAGUAUUAACUAUGAUGAUGAUGAUGAUGUGUCAUAAAGAUUAAGUAGUGGACCGCUCCAGGUAAGUGCCAAAUCAAUCCAAUAGAUAAACACUGUUCUCUGUGGUAGUGAGGUCAGUCAGGCAGAGAGUGCAGGAUCAGGAGGGAGGCAUUGUUGUGUGUGUGUGUGUGUGUGUGUGUGUGUGUGUGUGUGUGUGUGUGUGUGUGCAAACACAAAGAGAAAAUUAAUCAAAUAUAAGAGAAUGGAACGAGAGACUCACUGCAGCGAGAGAAAAAAUGCAGGGAGGGAGGGAAGAAAGGAGGCGAAAGAGGUGGAGACUGAUGGUGAGAUCGCGACCCUGCACCACGGGAGCAGAUGAUUGAUACGAGUGGCUCCAUCUAGCUGAUGAGUUAGAGUGCUCCCCGCACAGCGGCCCGGUUUGAUUAGAUAAUGGAUACUGGAACAUUACCAACAAGACAGAGCACUUGGACAGCAGGGUUGUGUCCCAAAUGACACCAUGUUCCCUAUUCCCUAUAUAGUGCACUACUUUUGACCAGGACCUAUAGGGCUCUGGUCAAACGUAGUGUAGUAAAUAGGGAAUGGGUGCCAUUUGGAAUACAUCCCAUGGCUACGGAUUGACAAAAUGGCUGCACGCCCCUGGAAUUCAAAUCUAAACGCUAGAUUUAGGCCAUGCUGGAAAGGAAAGAAAUUAAAAUAUUGUCAUAAAUGAUGAGCAAGCAUGUGAACUAGGUUAUAUGUUAUUUUUGUAUACUUCAUUUAUAGAUUUUUAGGACAGAGAGACAUUGACAAAUACAUCAUCCCCAGUCCUUCAACCGCCCACCUGCCUACUGGCUAUUUGUAAGGUUGAGGCUAGGAUAAGGUUCUAGCAUGACCAGCCAGUCCCAGUGACUAUUCAAUUGAGCAUAAGGGAACAUUUGGACAAAGGUCACGCCAAGGGACGGUACAGUAUGAAUCUCUGUACCUCCAUAGGUUGUAUGCAGGGAAGGAGGCUCCCAAUAGGCUGUAACCACAUGCAGAGGCAUCAUGCCCAUAGGGGAUAAAAGGGCACGUGCCCCCUAACCCUAAUACCUACCCUAACCUUAACCAUAACCCUUACCUAACCCUAACCAUUUUCAUUUUCAACUUCAAUGGGGGGUAGGGACGUCCCAAGAAUCCCAGAUAGCACAGACCCAAUCAGAUGUGUCCUGUUUAAAAAAAAAUAUAUAUAUAUAUAUAUCUCACACACAGUUGGGAGAACCAGUAUUUGAUACACUGCCAAUUUUGCAGGUUUCCUACUUACAAAGCAUGUAGAGGUCUGUAAUUUUUAUCAUAGGUACACUUCAACUGUGAGAGACGGAAUCUAAAACAAAAAUCCAGAAAAUCACAUUGUAUGAUUUCUAAGUAAUUAAUUUGCAUUUUAUUGCAUGACAUAAGUAUUUGAUACAUCAGAAAAGCAGAACUUAAUAUUUGGUACAGAAACCUUUGUUUGCAAUUACAGAGAUCAUACGUUUCCUGUAAAAAUUACAGACCUCUACAUGCUUUGUAAGUAGGAAAACCUGCAAAAUCGGCAGUGUAUCAAAUACUUGUUCUCCCCACUGUAUAUAGAUAUUACAUUUUUUUGUUCCAUUUUUGCUGUUGUUUCUCUGUAAUACUACUAGACACUUAGCAACUUUAUGAAGUUGGCUUUAGCUAGCCCAGAUAGGUUCCCAAUCUCCCAAACUCAUAACUAGCUACCAAGAAGACAUUUCAGGCUAUCAAGUUAGAAAAGCAAGGUACUGAAUAAGACUCACAUUCCUUUCAAUCUUUUACCCGGAUUGUAGCAGAGAAUCAUAUUUUCUUUUUUUAAAUUACCACCUAACUGGAGGAUACAGACAGCUCAAGAAGUAUGCUUGGAUAUAAUUAAAUGUAUUUUUGACAUAGAAUUAAGCAUAAUGAUUAUGGCUCUAGAUUGCAGGAAAAAGCUGUUUCAAGUGUUUGAAAAAUGCGAAAUUCUCAAACAUCCUGACGGACCACUCCCCAGCCAUCCUCAUGUACUUUGUGCAUCCUCAGGUUUUUUGGGUGCAUGACACCCCUGACCAUGUGCCCAUAAUUUAGGAGAAAGGUGGACCAUGAGGGAGAAGUAAAAGGUAGAGGUAGGCAGAUAUCUGCUCAGCCAGCUGGCAGCAGAAGAUUUCAUUAAGAAGAGUGGAGUCCUGUUGAGGGUGGAUAAUACUGUUUAGAGAGUGAGGAGAGAGGGAGAGAAGGAAGGAGAGAGAAAGAGAGAGAAAGAUAAUAUUCCUUUCUUUGGAGAGUUGUGGUAGCCUCAAGGAUAGAAAUAGCAGGCUAGUAACAAAAGGGUUUGAAUCCUAGGUCUGACAAGGUGAAUCUGUCUUGAGUGAGCAGGCAACCCAAUAUCACAGCUGCCACCUUAUGCCGUUGUGCCCUUGUGCCCUUGUGCAAGGCACUUAACCCCAAAACUGCUCUAGGGGUGCUGCUUUGUGGCUGACCCUGUGCUGCUCCCAUGUGAGUGAGUGAGUGAGUGAGUGAGUGAGUGAGUGAGUGAGUGAGUGGUAUGUCUGGUUGGAUACUCUGUCAAGAAAGGAUGAAAAAUGUCCAUGCAAAUGGAUAAUAAAUAUACACUACAUGACCAAAAGUACAGUUGAAGUCAGAAGUUUACAUACACCUUAGCCAAAUACAUUUAAACUCAGUUUUUCACAAUUCCUGACAUUUCAUCCUAGUAAAAAUUCACUGUCUCAGGUCAGUUAGGAUCACCACUUUAUUUUAAGAAUGUGAAAUGUCAGAAUAAUAGUAGAGAGAAUGAUUUAUUUAAGCUUUUAUUGCUUUCAUCACAUUCCCAGUGGGUCAGACGUCAAACGUUUUGGGUAGCCUUCCACAAGCUUCCCACAAUAAGUUGGGUGAAUUUUGGCCCAUUCCUCCUGACAGAGCUGGUGUAACUGAGUCAGGUUUGUAGGCCUCCUUGCUCGCACAUGCUUUUUCAGUUCUGCCCACACAUUUUCUAUAGGAUUGAGGUCAGGGCUUUGUGAUGGCCACUCCAAUACCUUGACUUUGUUGUCCUUAAGCCAUUUUGCCACAACUUUGGAAGUAUGCUUGGGGGUCAUUGUCCAUUUGGAAGACCCAUUUGCGACCAAGCUUGAACUUCCUGACUGAUGUCGAGAUGUUGCUUCAAUAUAUCCACAUAAUUUUCCUUCCUCAUGAUGCCAUCUAUUUUGUGAAGUGCACCAGUCCCUCCUGCAGCAAAGCAUCCCCACAGCAUGAUGCUGCCACCCCAGUGCUUCACGGUUGGGAUGGUGUUCUUCGGCUUGCAAGCCACCCCCUUUUUUCCUCCAAACAUAACAAUGGUCAUUAUGGCCAAACAGUUCUAUUUUUGUUUCAUCAGACCAGAGGACAUUUCUCCAAAAAGUAUGAUCUUUGUCCCCAUGUGCAGUUGAAACCGUAGUCUGGCUUUUUUAUGGCGGUUUUGGAGCAGUGGCUUCUUCCUUGCUGAGCGGCCUUUCAGGUUAUGUCGAUAUAAGACUAAUUUUACUGUGGAUAUAGAUACUUUUGUACCUGUUUCCUCCAGCAUCUUCACAAGGUCCUUUGUUGUUGUUCUGGGAUUUAUUUGCACUUUUCACACCAAAGUACGUUAAUCUCUAGGAGACAGAAUGCGUCUCCUUCCUGAGCGGUACGAUGGCUGCGUGGUCCCAUGGUGUUUAUACUUGCGUACUAUUGUUUGUACAGAUGAACGUGGUACCUUCAGGCGUUUGGAAAUUGCUCCCAAGGAUGAACCAGACUUGUGGAGGUCUAAAAAUUUUUUCCUGAGAUCUUGGCUGAUUUCUUUUCAUUUUCCCAUGAUGUCAAGCAAAGAGGCACUGAGUUUGAAGGUAAGCCUUGAAAUACAUCCACAAGUACACCUCCAAUUGACUCAAAUGAUGUCAAUGAUGUCAAUUAGCCAGAAGCUUCUAAAGCCAUGACAUCAUUUUCUGGAAUUUUCCAAGCUGUUUAAAGGCACAGUCAACUUAGUGUAUGUAAACGUCUGACCCACUGGAAUUGUGAUACAGUGAAUUAUAAGUUAAAUAAUCUGUCUGUAAACAAUUGUUCGAAAAAUUACUUGUGUCAUGCACAAAGUAGAUGUCCUAACCGACUUGCCAAAACUAUAGUUUGUUAACAAGAAAUGUGUGGAGUGGUUGAAUAACGAGUUUUAAUGACUCCAACCUAAGUGUAUGUAAACUUCCGACUUCAACUGUAUGUGGACACCUGCUCAUCGAACAUCUCAUUCCAAAAUCAUGGGCAUUAAUAUGGAAUUGGUCACCACUUUGCUGCUAUAACAGCCUCCACUCUUCUGGGAAGGCUUUCCACUAGGUGUUGGAAUAUUGCUGCGGGGACUUGCUUCCAUUCAGCCACGAGAGCAUUAGUGAGGUCAGGCACUGAUGUUGGGCGAUUAGGCCUGGCUCGCAAUCGGCGUUCCAAUUCAUCCCAAAGGUUUUCGAUGGGGUUGAGGUCAGGGCUCUGUGCAGGCCAGUCAAGUUCUUCCACACCGAUUUCGACAACAUUUCUGUAUGGACCUCACGUUGUGCACGGGGGAUUGUCAUGCUGAAACAGGAAAGGGCCUUCUCCAAACUGUUGCCACAAUGUUGGAAGCACAUAAUCGUCUAGAAUGUCAUUGUGUGCUGUAGCGUUAAGAUUUACCUUCACUGGAACUAAGGGGCCUAGCCCGAACCAUGAAAAACAGCCCCAGACCAUAAUUCAAAACUUUACAGUUGGCACUAUGCAAUCGGGCAGGUAGCGUUCUCCUGGCAUCCGGCAAUCCCAGAUUAGUCCAUCGGACUGCCAGAUGGUGAAGCGUGAUUCAUCACUCCAGAGAACGCCUUUCCACUGCUCCAGAGUCCAAUGGCGGCGAACUUUACACCACUCCAGCCAACGCUUGGCAUUGCGCAUGGUGAUCUUAGGCUUGUGUGCGGCUGCUCGGCCAUGGAAACCCAUUUCAUGAAGCUCCCGACGAACAGUUCUUGUGCAGACGUUGCUUCCAGAGGCAGUUUGGAACUUGGUAGUGAGUGUUGCAAUCGAGGACAGAUGAUUUUUACACGCUACGCGCUUCAGAACUCGGCGGCCCCGUUCUGUGAGCUUGUGUGGCCUACCACUUCGCGGCUGAGCCGUUGUUGCUUCUAGACAUUUUCAUUUCACAAUAACAGCAAAUACAGUUGACCGGGGAAGUUCUAGCAGGGCAGAAAUUUGACUAACUGACUUGUUGGAAAGGUGGCAUCCUAUGCCGGUGCCACAUUGAAGGUCAUUGAGCUCUUCAGUAAGGCCAUUCUACUGCCACUGUUUGUCUAUGGAGAUUGCAUGGCGGUGUGCUCGAUUUUAUACACCUGUCAGCAACGGAUGUGGCUGAAAUAGCCGAAUCCACUAAUUUCUAGGGGUGUCCACAUUCUUUUGUAUAUAUAUUGUAUAUUCUAUUAUUUUUCAUCUACACAGGGGCAGAGUCUGGUGAGGUGACGGAUGCACCAGAAGAGAAAUCUGAGGAGAAGAAAUCUGCAGAGGAAAAGGAAGAGGAGGAGGUAGAGGAGAAGAGUUCUGCUUUGCCUCUGCAAGACAGUGCCGAGGCAAAGAAGGUGUGGGAGGAGGAGGAGGAGGAGGAGGAGGAGGGGGAGGUGAAACGCAAGGCCGUUUCGAAUCACUGGAGCAGAAUGAGUGAGCUAGCCCGGAGUUUACAAACAAAGAAGAGAGCGGGAGAGGAAGAAAAGGUGCAGGAAGUGAAGCUACUGGAGGUCGGAGGUCAACAGGAAGUGCCCCAUCACUCCAAGGAGGUGGUGGAAGAGGAAGUGGAGGAGAAGAGGAAGGUGGGAGGGGCACGGAGGAGCCCAGAAGUGAAGGAGCUCCAGAUGAUGGCACGCAGGAAACCGGAGGAGAGGAGAGAGGAAGGGGAGGAAGAAGGGAGCGCCAGCAGGAAGACUGAGGUACGUUCCCCCCAAUUAUUAAAAUUGAAUGAACUAUCCCCAAAUCCAAUGAAAUGCAAUGGUCCCUGGCUAUAUUAGCAUUUUCACUCAAUCCCCUCUCAGGAACCACCUAGAGAGGUGCACAUUUUUGUUCUUACCCUGCACUCCUGAUUCAACUCGUCAACAAAGCAACUAAUCACCAUGCCAUGGAUUAGUUGAAUCAGGGGCCGUAUGUAUCAAGCGUGUCAAGAGUAGGAGUUCUGAUCGAGGAUCAGGUCCCCCCUGUCCAUGUAAUCUUAAUAAUUGAGAUCUAAAAGGCAAAACUGAUUAUAUAACAGCACUCCUACUUUUUCACACGUUCUUCGCAGAUUCAACUGGAUUGUAUUCAUUAGUGCACACCGUAGCAAAACUUUUUGCAACCAAAAAUAAAAAAUUAACAUUUCUUAUUGGACAAGUUAAGGUAGUCCCUCCCCAUUAUGUCUGUUUACUUCCUAGUGAAUAUGACUAUGGCCUACAGCAGUGCAACGCCAAUUAGAGUCCCUCACUCUUCUAAAAGUAGGAAAAGUUUGCUGGUUCCACCUCAGGAGCCUCUACUACUAACUACAGCAAUUGGACCGCGCUGGAUGGAUGGUUCAUCCACAGGGCUCUUAACGCCUGUGGGCUCUCAUAUGGGAACACACACACGCACACACACACGCACACCUAUGCAGGUACGUUUUGGCACAGACACUGACAAACAAAAAUGGCUUGGUUGGCAUGCACACACACGCACGUUGUCCACACAGAUAUAGCCUCUUAGAGAAUGACACAUGGCCGGGUAGAGUUGUUUAAGUGCACUCAGAAGACGGUAAUAUUGAGUAAUGACCUCCUCCCUUCUCUCCCCUCCUUUCCCUUUCUAAUCCUCACUCGUUGUCCUUUCCUCUCCCUCUCUUCUAACCUCUACUUCUCUCUCACCUCGCUCUUUCACCCCCUCUUGUCUAUCUGUCUGGUUUCCAUCUCUAUCCAUAUCUGUAGGACCCUGAGAUUGAGAGUCUGGCGGCCAUCGAGUCGGAGCUGGAGAGCGUCGCCCAGAAACUCCAUGAGCUGAGACGAGGUUGAGAUGAGGCUGAGACGAUGACCGCACCUUCCUCCUCUUCCUCCUCUUCCU